CUCUCUCUCUCUCUCUCUCUCUCUCUCUCUCUAUCUCUCACCUGUAACAAAAACUUAAGAGCUUCUUCAGAGUCCCCAAAAACCAAACCCACUCUCACUCCUUCCUCCCCUCUCUCUCUCUCUCCUCUUUAUCUCGCCUCAAAACCACCGAAACCUAACCCUAAUCUCCUUCCUCACCUCCUCUCCGGCGACUAUGACCUGAACCUCAGCCCCGCCGGCGAGUCCAUCUGUACGGAUCGAGAGAAACGAGCGAGGAGAGAAACAGAGCAGAGAGAGAGAGAGAAAAAGGCCGCGCGAUGCCGCCGUCGCAUUCCGAUCUGGACCGCCAGAUCGAGCACCUGAUGCAGUGCAAGCCGCUGCCAGAGGCGGAGGUGAAGACGCUGUGCGAGCAGGCGAGGGCGAUCCUCGUCGAGGAGUGGAAUGUGCAGCCGGUGAAGUGCCCCGUCACCGUCUGCGGCGACAUCCAUGGACAGUUCCACGAUCUCGUCGAGCUCUUCCGGAUCGGCGGCAGCGCUCCCGAUACCAAUUACCUCUUCAUGGGUGACUACGUAGAUCGAGGAUACUAUUCAGUGGAGACUGUCUCGCUUCUAGUAGCUCUGAAAGUACGUUAUAGAGAUAGAAUCACAAUUCUGAGAGGAAAUCAUGAAAGUCGGCAAAUAACUCAAGUGUAUGGUUUUUAUGAUGAGUGUUUAAGGAAAUAUGGAAAUGCUAAUGUCUGGAAGUACUUCACUGACCUUUUUGAUUAUCUGCCCCUUACAGCCUUGAUUGAGAGUCAGAUCUUCUGCUUGCAUGGUGGACUCUCUCCCUCUUUAGACACUUUAGACAACAUUCGUGCUCUGGACAGGAUACAGGAGGUUCCUCAUGAGGGCCCAAUGUGCGACCUUCUGUGGUCUGACCCGGAUGAUCGAUGCGGCUGGGGAAUAUCUCCUCGGGGUGCUGGAUACACAUUUGGGCAGGACAUUGCUGCGCAGUUCAACCACACUAAUGGGCUCACUCUAAUAUCUAGGGCUCACCAGCUUGUUAUGGAAGGCUAUAAUUGGUGUCAGGAAAAGAAUGUGGUGACAGUGUUUAGUGCUCCGAAUUACUGCUACCGAUGUGGAAAUAUGGCUGCAAUUCUUGAGAUUGGAGAGAAUAUGGAGCAGAAUUUCCUUCAGUUCGAUCCAGCACCCCGUCAGGUUGAGCCUGAUACGACUCGCAGAACACCCGACUAUUUUUUGUAAUUCCCUUCACAUUAACUUUCCGAGCAUUGGCAAUUUUUGUUUUGUUGUGUCGUGUUUUUGUAGAUUUGUCUCGCAGGAAAAAAAAAAAAAGGAGUUUUGGUGUUUAAUUCAGGAAAAAAGAAAACAGCAAAAACGUUUGCAUCAUUAUUAUGUUGGUUAAUAUUGUUCCGUUGUCAAGUUCAGAUGAGUUUAUAGAAUUUACCGUUAUAGUUCAUAGGCGCUUCUUUGUCUUGUAUUAGAAAGCUCACGAAGACAAGAAUAACAAUUUAUCUUUCACAUUAGUUGCAUUCUUUAUGAAACAAUAGUUUCUAUUUACUAGCGAUUCUGAGCUUUACAACUUUGAGAAAUGAACAAUGGAACAUCUGAAACGUCAAUUAUUUCAUAUGUAUUCUCUUCAAAUUAGUGAUGUGUUUCUACGUUUGCCCAUCUCCUUCGGAAAUG